AUGGCAAUCUUCGAUUCAGAGAAGCGCCCUCGCGGUCUUCGCGUGCCUUCUCUUGCAGCAUUGAAGUCUUCCGCAACCGCGAAAUCGCAAUUCUCCUUCCAAAAGAAACCGUCUGACUCUGCGCCAUCUGACGAGUCAAUCUCACCCGAAGCCUUUUCUGCCCCUCCACCACCAAAGCCGGCGCCUCCGUCGAACAAGGAACUCCCAUCCCCCCCGAAAGUGGAGUUACCAGCACUCCCGGCCUUAUCCAACAACCCAUACUUUCCUCCAAUCUCCCAACAUGCAGUUCCGGAAAGGCGCCCAAUUGAGCGAGUCCCUGUCCCAACGCAGUCUCCUACCUCUCGGACGACGGGAAUGCGAAGCAAGAAAUCACAGCCCGAUUUCCACGCACCUCAACAACAACCACCUCCAGUGACCAUCUUUCCCCCACCGCAAGUUCCAACCCUAGUCCAGGCUCCAGCUCCAGCUCCGGCCGACGAGGCCAACUCCCCACAGCCGGAAGACUUCAUCCCGACCCCAGACAGCGCCGAACCGCCACUAGCAGUAGCAGAACUGUCACGUGAAGAGAUGGGCCCCUCGCCCUUCAUCCCUCCGGAUGUUGAACCCGUGGCACCAAGUUUGAACGAGAUCCACCUAACAUGCUACCAGCAGCACCGCGCCAUGCCCGUGGCGCAGAACACGUGGUGUCCGAUGCCGUGCAUGACCUGUCAGAAAUUUGACAUUGAGAUCCGGCACCGCUGUGUGUUCUGCUGCCUGCGCAUCUGCGAGUCGUGCUAUCAGACCCUACAGAAAUGCAAGAAUCGUUCGGUGGAGGAGUUGGUGGAUCGAAUCGCCGUCUGA